AUGAUUAAUUUUAGGAUGUCUAAAAUGAUAUUCACAAGUUUGCUGAGAGUUUUGGAGACAAGAUACAACUUGCAAACUUCAAGAAACAUAUCUUCUACUGAAAUAUUGGGAAUUUUUUUAUACAUCUUGGGCACCGGUGCAAAAGUUUCCCAAUGUCGAGAAAGAUUUCAAAGGUCUAGAUCAACAAUAAGUCGACACUUUGCAGUUGUGCUUGAGAAAGUUUCAAGGACGGUCACUGAUCUAAUUGCACCCGAAGAUCCUUUUUUUAGCUCAAUACCCGAACAAAUACGUAAUGAUCCUAGAUAUAUGCCACAUUUUAAGGAUUGCAUAGGUGCAAUUGAUGGUACUCACAUUGCGGCUAUUCUUCCACCAAAUGAACAAAUUCCCUAUAUUGGAAGAAAAGGUAUCCCGACUCAAAAUGUUAUGGCAGUAUGUGAUUUUAAUAUGUGUUUCACAUUUGUUAUGGCUAGAUGGGAAGGAUCGGCACAUGACACUAGAAUAUUUCUUGAUGCAAUUCGAGACCCAAAAUACAAAUUUCCACACCCUCCAAAUGGAAAAUAUUAUCUUGUUGAUUCUGGGUAUCCUCAAAUGAAAGGUUAUCUUGGACCAUAUAGAGGUCAGCGAUAUCAUUUACCUGACUUCCGUAGAGGUAGACCGAUAUCUGGUAAAGAAGAGAUAUUCAAUCAUUCACAUUCAUCAUUACGUAGUGUGAUUGAACAAACUUUUGGUGUUUUGAAAAAAAAAUGGGCCAUUUUAAGGGAUAUUCCAAGUUAUAGUUUUGAAAAGCAAACGAUGAUCGUUGUUGCUACAAUGACGAUACACAAUUUUAUCCGAAAACAUGUCGGUCGAAAUGAUGCAGAUUUUAUGGAAUACAAAGAUAUUAACUGGGCAUAUGAGAAUAAUAUUGAUUCAGAAAAUGCGCAUGGUCGAGAAAGUGAUGAUGAUGACGGCGACGAUGAUAAUGAUGAUGACGGUGAAUCAAACAAUUUUAGUGGUUUUGAAAUAGAAUUAACAGGAGAUGCUAUAGCUUCUAGUUUAAUGAAUUCACUUUAA